AGAGAUUUAAACACGGAAGUCUGAGUCUCAGAACAUAACCGCCGGAACUAUAUUUAAUGACCUAAAGUUAACACAUAGUUGCAGCAUCUAUCCACUGUGCGCUUUUACGCAAUCCUCCUGUUGGCCUUCGGCACAGUAUGACAGUGGCAUCAGAGGCGCAGAACGGAGUUUACCAUGCACUCUCCUCUCAGGCUUGACUGACUACAUGAUUUACGAGAUGAGGGCUGUUUUCUGGGGAGUUCUCCUCGCCUGCGUGGACUGGAGUCGGGCCCAGGAGAAUCACACAUUCGAUGGCGACGUCCGCGACUUUGCCAUUGGUGACAGCUCGGUAUACGUCGUUACGGAUGACCGACUCUUCCAGCUGAACCAUGAUUUUACCAAAGUUAUAAAGAGGGAUAAUCCGAACGUAGUUUAUCCUAACCAAGAAGUACCUCCUUCCGACGAAACGUAUCCAUUUAAGGUAAAUAUUUUACUGCCAUUCAUCAAAAACAAGACCUUGAUCACCUGUGGAACCACAAAAUGCGGUUACUGUGAAAUACUGGAUCUCAACGAAAUCUCCAAAUCUGUGUAUUCGGAGGAUAUUGAAGUGGGUUCAUUGGAUCCUGGAGAUUCAGCCAUUGGCUUUAUUGUUGAUGUCGGGACGAACUCCUACAUUAUGGCUGGAAGGUUGCCGAGCCGUGUGCGUAAAGCGUGUGCCAAUUCAGGUCAGUUGCUUGACCUACGGAAUACACUAGAAGGACAGCAUGGAGGAAUCUUUUCGAAUUCAGAUAAGAGCACGACUCCAUAUAUUGACGCCAGACAAAAGGAGAAGUUUCAGUUUGUGGACGGCUUUCAGAGUAAUUCACACAUCUACGUGUUCUCGAACGUUCCCAAAGAGCGUCAAGUUCGACUUCUUAGGUUCAAGAGCGAGAACAGUAAAACAAAUACUUUGAUGUCCCUCAAAGAUGCAACACUCAAAUGUUGUGGAAACAUGGAGCGCCGGGAGCUCCUGUCUUCCUCUGUGAUUCAAGGUUCUGGUGGGCUCCAUGGGCAGGUGCUCUGGGCAGGUGUGUUCACGGCUGGUAACACAAGCGACCCCAUCAACACCGUGCUGGCCAUCUAUAACAUCAGCUCUACAGGGCCUCAACACAAAGACAAUGACCCAGACUUCUGCUAUCAAGCCUGUGCAGAGACAUUGCCAAUGGGUACCACCACAAAUGUGUUGAGAUUGUCUGUAACACGGAUAUGUAUGCUGUUCCAGACAUUGCCAAAGGGUACCACCCAGGACCUGCAUCCAGAAGCAGUGGUGUUUAGAUACAGCUCCAUGACAUCAGUGUUGGCAGUGAGACACAACUCCUGGCUGGUGUUCUUCAUUGGGACAGGAGACGGACAACUCAUCAAGCUUGCUGUAGACAAGGCCUAUAAAUCUGCCUGUGCUAGAGUGCUCUACAAGUCAGAUGACGACCGCCGUGUGUUUCCCAAGAUGCACCUGGAUCCAGUGGACCACAAACAUGUGUACAUGGCACUGAGGAACCAGAUGAUGCGUGUGCCUGUGGCUCAGUGCAGUGAACACAAGAGUCUGAAGGACUGUUGGUCUGCUCAGGACCCCUUCUGUGGCUGGUGUGAGUCUGAGAACAAGAAGUCAAGAUGUUCGUUUCAGGAUGACUGCCUUCAGCCUUCAGCCUGGAUCUCCAUCUCUGAGGACUCCCAACAACAGAACAUGGUCUCUUACCAGGUGGAAAAGAGCAGCAGUGGAGAGAAGAUCACACUCACUGUCAAGGUCCACCUGAAUGUGCAUGGGACAGGAAGUCUCACCUCCGCCUGUAUCUUCCUCACAAGAAAUGAUCAUCUGUGUGACAGGACAAACCCCGCUCCAGCGUUGCCUCGAUGCUCCUGCCUGUUCUCCAGCGACCAGCUUCCUGCUGAAGGUCUGAAUGUCACCGUGGAGAUACAAGUGGGGAAGCAGAACCUUACUGAGAAUCUGAUGCUCACGAACUGUUCAAACAACUCUGGACCACCUACCUCUGCCCUGUGUUCUCAGUGUAUGACAGCUGGAUGUAGCUGGAGUAAUGAUGUCUGCUCCUGGACAACCAGGUCUGCCAACUCAGACCCCAUACAGGACGUAUGCAGACCCAGCCAGUCAGGAAUGAACUACUCUGAGCCAGUGAUCGUCUCCAUAGUGCCCAGUGUUCUGUCCUUCCAUGGCAGAAACCACGCCCUGAUGACUGGGAAGAACCUCCAUCACGUGACCAGGGUUCGCAUUCAAGGGCGCAUGGACUGCAGUCUCAAGGAGUCUCCUGUGUGGAACAACACUGGGUCCAGUCUGAUGUUCCACAUCCCCAUUGGCGACAAAGGUUCUGUCAGUGUGUGUGCCGUGCUGCCAGACGGUCGCUGUCUGGGCAAGGUCACUGUCACCUAUGGGUCCUCACCGUCCUGCACUGGGCUAAUACCAAGCACUACCUGGGCUAGUGGGAAGAGGAAGAUCAAGGUCCAAGGGUCCCAGCUGGAGUUUGUGGAGGGGGUUGUUCAUGACCACGCCCCUCAGACCAUCCAAACCAAAUACAGCUCUGGGACUCUGUGGUACCACACACCUCCCUUUGAACACAUUAACCAGCCAGUCACCUCCACUGUGUCUCUGAGAGUGGCCAAUCAGACACUGGCCUGCUCAUCACAGCUCACCUACCAUCCGGACCCAGAAUUCACCAGCUAUACUGCAAUCAAGACAGGAAACGACCUGCGUGUCACCAUUGAGAAAAGUGCUGACAAGUUGAACAUCGCCACAGAAGAGAUCUUAGUGUUUGGUGUUCAGGAGGAGAACCAGGAUGUAGAGUGUGUCAUGGACACCAUUGAGAAGAGCAACGGGACUGACUCUGUCAUCUGUGAUAUAAAGAACACUCCCAACUUUAACAUCAAGUCAGUGAGGAUAAGAGUUGGAAACUUCACAAAAAAACUUUUACCAAAACAAGCUGUACCUUCAUUGCUACUCAUCCUUGUGCUUAUACCCAUCAUCAUUGUGGUCAUUGUGGGUGCGGUGUGGUAUUCCUACAUUAAACAGAGGAAAAUGGCAGCACAAAUGGACAAGCAGCUGGAACUGCUGGAGUGUGACAUCAGAAAUGACAUCAGACAAGGAUUUGUGGAUAUGCAGACGGAAAAGUGUGAUUUAAUUGAGAACGUUGGAGCCAUCCCUUUCUUGGACUACAAGCACUUUGCUUCCAGGAUCUUCUUCCCUGACGGUGGACCUGUGAUGACCUCCUGUAUCAAAGACAUUGGCCAGGACACGGUGAAGGGGCAGCCAGACGAGAGCUGCCAGGCCCUGUCCAGACUGAUCCGGGAUCAGGUGUUCCUCACCUCCUUCGUCCACGCUCUGGAGGAGCAGAAGAAUUUCAACGUCAAGGAGAAGUGUGCGGUGGCCUCCCUGCUGACCGUGUCCCUCCACGGUGACCUGCCCUACAUGACCCAGGUGAUGGAGGAACUACUCAGGGCUCUGAUGGAGCAGCCCAGUAACUCCCAGCCCAAACUCAUGCUGCGACGCACCGAGUCCAUCGUAGAGAAGCUGCUCACAAACUGGAUGUCCAUCUGUCUCUACGGCUUCCUCAGGGAGAGUGUGGGCCAGCCUCUUUUCCUGCUGGUUUGUGCUCUGACCCAGCAGAUGUCUAAAGGCCCAGUGGACUCAGUCACAGAAAAGGCUCUCUAUACACUUAAUGAAGACUGGUUACUGUGGCAGGCUCAGGACUUCAGUCCAAUGAGGCUGCAAGUGCUGUUUGCUGUGGGAACAGACGGAGAGGUCAGUGAGCCUCUGGAGGUCAGUGCUCUGGACUGUGACACGGUGGAGCAGGUCAAGGAGAAGAUCCUCCUGGCCUUCAAGACCAAGUUUGGCUUCCCCUACAACACCCCUCUCCGACAGAUACACAUCGAGUAUGAGAAGGAUGAAAGUUUUGUCCCACUGAAGGAGGUGGAUGCCAGCUCAGGGGUUCUAGGAGAAGUGACCAUGCUCAACACACUCAAGCAUUACAAGGUACCGGACGGAGCGUCCAUCAAAGUGCUCUCUAAGACCCAUCCCAGUCUGAGUCCUCAGAGCAGCCUGAAAGGCGAUCAGAACUACUCCACUAAGUACUUCCAUCUAAUUGACCCUGACAUUGACCAGGACCAAAAGAAGAACCCUGAGAGGAAGAAGCUGAAACUGAAGGAAGUGUACCUCACCAAGCUGCUGUCCACCAAGGUCGCUGUGCAUUCGUUUGUGGAAAACCUGUUCAGAACCAUCUGGGGAACCCCUAACCUCAAAGCUCCGCCUGCCAUCAAGUACUUCUUUGACUUCCUGGAUGCCCAGGGAGAGAGCAAGAGGAUCAAUGAUCCAGAUGUACUACACAUCUGGAAAACCAACAGCCUGCCCCUGCGGUUCUGGGUGAACAUCCUGAAGAACCCCCAGUUUGUGUUCGACAUGGAGAAGACCCCGCCUCUGGACGGCUGUCUGUCCGUCAUUGCCCAGGCCUUCAUGGACUCCUUCUCCCUGGCUGAGAAACAGCUGGGCAAGCAUGACCCAACCAAUAAACUGCUCUAUGCCAAAGAUAUCUCCCAGUACAAGAAGGAAGUGAGGGCCUACUACAAGCAGGUCAGGGACCAGCCACCAAUCAACAGCUCUGAGUUCAAGGAGUUCCUGCAUGAGGAGUCAAAGAAACAUGAAAACGAAUUCAAUGAAUCUGCUGCCCUCCGUGAGCUCUACAAAUACAUGCAGCGGUACUUUGAUGAGAUUAAACUGAAGCUGGAUCAGAACGGCGCACCCGUGGAAUUGAAGGAGCAACUGCAGCACGUGAAGAGCCUGUUCGAUAGCCUCAACUGUUCGUGAAACUGAGCUCACUCCCUCCCCUUCGAAAUGCUAAAGGCUAGAAAGCUGUUUUAAAAACAGAAUAUGUCAGGAGACUACAUAGGGAUUUACAAUUAAAGAAAAAAAGAGGGAGGCGUUUCAGAUUACUGGGAUGAACCAAAUGAUAGCAUGAAUUAGGUCACAUUCCAGCUAGACAUUUACCCAGAAGCAGUAUACUCUUAUUCUGAAGCUGGGACUUUUGUUUCCUCAACCAAAAGACUAAAGAAUGUUUUUUUACAUUUUAUAUUUAUUUAACCUUUAUUUAACCAGGAAGGGCUCAUUGAGAUUAAAAUCUCUUUUUCAAGAGCGCCCUGGCCAAGAUAGGCAGCACCGAGUCAUUACAAACAAAUUACAGACAGACAAGUAAUCUAGUAAAAACCAUUGAAUUCACAAGAGUAUAAAACAGCAAAUUAAAAAUAUUGACAGGUCAGGGAAUCAGCCUCAAAAUCCUUCAUCGGUGGAUUUAAAAACACAAAUCGGGAGAAGUUCUUCCAGUUUAAAAGUAUUUUGUAAGGUGUUACAAGACGACGGAGCAGAGUACAUAAAAACCCUUCUACCAAAUUCAGGUCGGACAUUUGGAAGUGUUAGCAGGAUAAAGUCCAGCGAACAAAGAGAGUACCCACCACAUUUCUGAACAAUAAAAAUGCCCAAAUAAAAUGGGUUUGUAAAUAAAAGUAUACCAGUGACUGAGCCUACGAGUGACUAGAG